AUGGAGUCCGGCGCAAAAAGGAGACACAUUCCACACUGGCCGCCCUUCAAACAACCCUACCAACAGCUGGGGUCUGCAGACAAUGUCCAACUAACUCCCCUGCCUCCUACUGGCGGCUCGAGCCUGCCGAGCGCGAACUUCUUCAGUCCAGACUUCAACAGCAACACAGCCUACACUCCGGAUCCUCUGGCCAGUACACCACAACCCCUCCUCCCAUCCCCGAGCAAGGCGAGCACUGCGCGGUCGCAACGGAAAAGAAGAGGAUGGAGGACUAGUUCGCGGAUAGCGCUGGGUUGCGCAGUAUUGGUGCUGGUAACCAAUGUUUGCUUGACCAUUGGAAUAGUGACGGGGGGUAUGGAUAUGAUGGGUGGCAUCUACAUGGUCUAUGCCGGGAGUUGUACAAAGACCGAAAUGAAGGACACCUGGAUUCAUCUGGCGCUCAAUAUUGUGGCCACCGUUUUGCUGGCAAGCUCGAACUACUGCAUGCAACUGGUCUCGUCUCCCACUCGCAGCGAACUCGACAAGGCCCACGCCAAGCAGAGAUGGUUGGACGUCGGCAUACCCAGCAUCCGAAAUCUCGGUUCUUUGCGAAGGAAGAAGGUCAUUCUGUGGUGGCUUCUGGGGGUUUCAUCAAUCCCACUCCAUCUGGUUGUCCUGUACGCCUCUGAAAGCUUUGCACAGGGCGCUAGCUACGACAAGACCCAGUUUCCUGACAGCGAAGAAUGCAAUGUUACCGAUAUCCAGGCCCAUGCCGCCAAGGACUUUGUCAGGCUCAACAAUGAGGAUUGCAUUCACGCAUAUGCACGGGAUUUUGUUGAGGAUCGCCGUAAUGUGAUAGUGGUGGUCAAGAAUCCUCCUGCAAACGAGGGUUCCCUUUUCAAGAUUGCCGACAACGAAUUCCCCAAGGUCAUCACCAGCAAGUACAAUGCUUUUGCGUGGAUCUGCGACGAUCCUGAUGUUGUCAACCGAACACACGCAUGCUGUGAGAACCAAUGGGGGUUUGUGCCAUGCUCGAAGAUCACGCCGAAAUUGGUCGAUAUCGCGGAUCAGUGGUCUACCGGCGGGUUUGAAGUCGACCAUUGCCUCUCGGAGCCCGUGGAAUCCCAAUGCCACUUGCAUUUCUCCCUCAUCCUUAUGAGCGUGGUUCUGGCCUUCAAUAUUCUCAAAGUGGUCGGAAUUGCCUACGUUACCUUCUGGUUAGGCGAGGCUCCCCUGGUGACCGUGGGGGACGCACUACAGUCCUUUCUGCGCAAUCCUGACUCCACGACGGAGGGAAUGUGUUUGGCAAGCCACUCGAGUAUUGUCGCCUCGUCCAAGCUUGGCUACAAGUCCAUGCCCAUGAGAUAUGACCCUCAACAGCAUCGAUUUUUCGAGGCCGCAACCUGGAAACAGUGGGCUUUUCUACUAGGCUUGUUCACGUUCGUGGGCGCGGGGACGGCAGUCUGCCUCGCACUUGGAAUCGAGAAUCUCAAGGGCGACAGAACCAUCCAGAACGCAUGGUCGAUCGGCUUGAAUACGGUCAAACCCCAAAAUCUGAUCAUGGGGUGGAAUCUACCGGGCUACGGCAACACCUCUAUCGCCAUUUCCACACUCAUAGCCAACGCUCCGCAAGCGUUGUUCUCCUUCCUCUACGUUUGCUACAACAGUCUCUUCACAGUCAUGUUCCUGUCACGCGAACUGAUGCGGUUCAGUGUCACGGCUGGUCGAGGACGGAAGUAUCUGCGAGUUAGUGAGGCCAAAGGCGAGCAAAAGUCGACAUAUUUCCUCAACUUACCGUUCAAGUAUGGCAUACCUCUGCUUGUCGGCUCGGGGUUGAUGCACUGGCUUGUGUCGCAGAGCGUCUUCCUGGCAAACAUUGCUAUUAUCCCUCGCGAUGGGACAGUGCCCAUGCAAGACGAGAUUACCACGGUGGCCUAUUCGCCGAUAGGUAUGCUCUUCCUCCUCUUUCUGGGCUUUGUCCUCCUCGUUUUCCUCAUCGCCACGUCAUUUCGGAAGCUACCCUUUGGAAUGCCCGUUAUCGGGAGCAACUCAAUGGCCAUCAGUGCCGCGUGCCAUCUGCCGCCUGGCAUUGACCAAAACGAACGCGAGGAAAUAGUGCUCAGACCGCUGAACUGGGGUGCUGUGCCCGGCUCAGGCAAAGUCAUGGACUUGGGUAUCCAUAAUCCUUACACUCAGAGCUUCGAAAGUGGUGACCUGGAUGAGGACGGAACCGGCUUUGGACACUGUUGCUUCAGUGACCGGGUUCUGGAUCCGCCAGUGAAGGGCAAAUUCUACAUCUGA